AUGCUCGCCUCCGCUCUUGCUCUCGCCUCCGUGGCUGCCCUCGCCGCUGCUCGACCCAUCUCGGUCGCCCUUGCCGCUGUUGAGACUGCUCUCUCCCUCCCCAACACCACUCAGACCAACAACGCGACCUUAUACUGGCGUGAGUACUCUAUCCGGUCUUCUGUUCCAGUCUUUCGCGUAGCACCGGCAAAUGAGCUCGGCGCUUCUGGCCUCCGCGGAGAAUUUAAGGGGCCCGCCGCGUGGCACCCCCUUUGUCGUGUGCGGGCGCCCCCCCUCAAAAAGGCCCCAUGCUCCCAUUGUUAUCGUGUAGCAUCCUGACUGAUCCAAUCUACUCUCAUUACGUGCAUUUCUAGAAAACGGCAACGCCGGUGCCUGCGGCCUCUACUCGAACGACACCGACGUCGUCGUGGGCCUCCCCUUCGAGUUUUACUCCGACCUCGGUGCCGUCUCUCCUUACUGCGGCUCUUACCUCUUCGUCACCAACCACAUCAACAACGUCACCACCCCCGCUCGUAUUGCCGAUGCCUCCGCCACCAACGGCACCCUCUCGCUCUCCGUCGCUACGUGGCGAGCGCUUAACGGUGACGGCACCAACUUGACCCAGGUCACUUGGCGCUUCGCCAACAAGACCGAGGCCGCCGCCGCCGAGGUUGCUUUGAUCUCUGCUACCCGUGAGUCAAUUUUCUGCCUUUGCCGCCUGGGCAUGGUACCUCGCGCGCGCACGACACAGUUCAUUGCGCUAGCCAAGAAAAGUCUGCUGACGCCGUGCGCCCCUGUCUAUCUAACUAGAGCUCGCCGUUGCCGCCGACGCCGCCGCCGCCAAGUCCGCCGAUACCUCUGACGCCGCCGCAUCCUCUGCUGCUCAGCAACAAGCUUCCACUAAAGCUGCCACCACCCAGGCCGCUCAACAGCAACAUAAGACCUCUGCUGCCUAUGUCGCUCCCACCACCACUGCUUACGUUGCCCCCACCACCACCACCAAAGUUGCCCCCACCACCACCGCCUACGUCGCCCCCACCACCACCGCUUAUGUCGCCCCUAAGACCUCGGCUUACGUCUCCCCCACCACCUCGGCCUACAAGGCCUCGUCGGCUUCGUCGGGCUCCUACUCCGGUACGGCUACCUACUUCACCCAAGGUGGUGUCGCCGGCAACUGCGGCCAAGUUCACCAAGACUCGGACUACAUCGUCGCCUUGACCUCGGCCAUGUACUCCGGUGGAUCCCACUGCGGCCAAGGUGUUCGCAUCUGCACUUCGUCGGGCAAAUGCAUCUCCGCGACCGUCGCCGACUCGUGCCCCAGCUGCAGCUCGAGUGGUGACUUGGAUCUGUCGGUCUCCGCCUUCAGCGCCCUCGCUUCCCUCGACGCCGGUGUCGUCGGCAUCUCUUGGUCGUUCGCUUAA